ACAAAACGCGUCGGCGUCUUCAAACAAAAAAAUGACAUUUCUGCAAUGAAUACUUUUAUAAAAUUCCACAAAAAACAACAAAUUUAAUAAAAAUGGAACAAUUGCAACAUUUUUACAAUUUUAAUAAAUACUCCUCCUGCAGGACUUGUCUUGUAAAUCUAAGUGAAAUGGAAAAGCAUUACGAUGUCUUUGCAAUACCCGAUCUCCAAAAGAAAUUCACUCAAUGCACAUCAUUACCUGUGGAACCAGAUGAUGGCUUUCCAAUAAAUUUAUGUGAAACUUGCUCUAACAAAAUUGAAGAGUUUUGCACAUUUAAACAAAUGUGUAUAUCAUCUAGAAAUCAAUUUCAGGAAUUUAUGAAUUCCAAAGAAAAACCAUGUACAACACAAGACGCUUCUGAUCCAAGCAAUUUUCCUUUGCUAACUGAUACCAAAAAGGAAAAUCUAGACGAAGAUCCUAUAAGUCUUGAUCAAUAUCCAUAUCUUUUUAAAUCAGAACUUUCAGUUAAUGAAAAAGAUAAAAUAGAUUUCUCAUCAAAUGAAAAACAGGAAUCUGAGUCUGAAUCUGAAGAAGAUUCCGACGAAGAUUUUGAACCCACUUUGAGCGACCACGACAGUACAAGUGAAGAAAAUGAUACUAAAAAUUCUGUUAAACAUAAAAAACAACCAAAAAAACCUUCUGUUGAUGAUAAAGAAACAAAUAAGCCUCCCGGAAAAUUUAACUUAAAAUGUCAAACCUGUAAAAGAUGCUUUAAAAAGUAUGAUAGUUUUGAAAGACAUUUGCGAGUUCACAAAGGACUCUUACCAUUUGCUUGUAAUUUGUGUGACAAAGACUUUGAGAAGGGAACUCAACUCGAACAACACAUAAAAGAUAUACACAAAGUAAAAUUUCCUUGCACUGAGCCUGAUUGUGACCAAAUAUUGCAAACCAAAUAUGGUCUUCGUCAGCACGUAAAAGAAAUUCACAACAAAUUUGCCAACAUACCCAAAGAAACUUUUAUAUGUGAAGAAUGUGGUAAAGUUCUAGCUUCUUUUGCUAGCCUCAAGAACCAUAUGUAUCUACACGGAGUAGAUCCUCCUCACGAAUGUCCAACAUGCCAUAAACGAUAUAUUACCAAACACAAACUUAAAGAGCAUAUGAAUCGACAUCUUGGUAUUAGACCUUUCACAUGUCCACAUUGUGGAGCUAAAAAGACAACUAGAGACGAACUUAAACAUCAUGUUGCCACUCACACUAAAAUCAGGAAUAUACAAUGUGAGCAAUGCGAUAAGAAGUUUUAUAGUUUGCUGAAUUUUCAUACGCACAGGAGGGUUGUCCAUCAGGGUAUUAAAAAUUAUAAAUGUAAAUAUUGUGAUCAAGCAUUUGGAAGAUUAUGGACAAGGAAGCAUCAUGAGAUGACUCAUACUGGAGAGAAACCACAUGAAUGUGAUAUAUGUCAGAGAAGAUUUUUAGAAAGAUCUUCUUUGAAGAGACAUAGAAAAACGCAUUUUAAGAAACAAAGAGGUUUAGGAGAUUUGCAAUUAUAGAAAUAAAAUUAAAUUAAAUAAAAAUUAUUAAGAAGAACUCGUUGUUUUUU